GCGGACUGUACAAUCAAGUUGAGCACAGAUGGGGAGAAUCAACUGAAUCUAAAGGAUGAACAUCAGAAAUCAGAAGACUUCAAUGAUUCCUCGACCAAAUCGUCCUGCUCCCUGAACUGAGCCUACUAUGUUUUCCGCACAUGCUUUCGCAGGUUUGACAGGCGAAAUCGCAGAAUGUGCCAAUUAGACUUGCCCGUUGCGUCAUGGCAUUGCCGUUGAGCAAGACUCGAUGCCAGCCUUUCAGAAAGCUCUCGAAGCAUCACAAAGCGAGAUUGUUCCCCCAUGGCGCCGUCGCGAGGACCGCACUCAGAGCAGUGACCAAACAGGAGGAGCGGCGCUUUCGGCCUCUAGCCACUCUGGUGCUUCCCAAAGUGCUGAAAGAUGGGCACGCAAGAAUCAGGCCCCGACUCAGACGACACCCUCUGAAUUGGUGGCUCUACCACCCGGGACAGAGUGUUUGUUGAGUGAGUGCCGAGGCCUGCUCAUUUUCCUGUGGACGACGAGCAGGGCCUUUGAUCGCUAUCCCUUGACAGACACCGGCUUUGACGACUGCUUCGAUUUCCAGGCUGUCAGAGAAGAGCGUCAUGUGGUGAAUGGAAAAGCUGGUGGAAGAGCGUCUGCUGAUGUUGAGUCGUCGUGGCUACGUGUCGAGCUGAAAGGGAUGGUUCCCCUUGGCGAAGAUGGGGAAGGGGCAAACUCAGUCCCAAUCAAGAGCUUCCAUGGGACAAGAUGGCCAAAGCUGCCAUGGAUCCUCAAAGAGCGUCGUUUGACCGGCGGUCCCCGAGAAGCUGGUGGCAAGAAUGGGGUUUGGAGCUCUCCUGCCUUUAAAACCGCAGAGACCUACGCCUGGCCGGAGCCACUUGGAAGUGCAGAUGCACCCUACUACAAUCCUUGGGCCAGUCUUUCAGAAAGCCAAACGACCGAUCGCUUCCAAGUUGUCUUGGAACUGGAUGUGCUUGAGCGACGCAAGCAUUCCAAUAAUGUUUAUGUCACAUUGAAUCCUUCCAAAGUCGCCUUGAAAGCACUGCACAUGAGAUGCUGGAAGGAGGGCAAGGACGACCAUUCUGACCUCACGAACGGCUACUACCCUUCGUCAUUUAUGCCGGAUGGAACUAGGCUUUGGUAUGUUGCAGAUACAGAGCCUCACUGGUUGCUAGACAACGAUGAGCCGGGCAACAAACGAGCUGAAGCUGAUAGCUUAGGGAAAGAGAAGCCGAAAAGAAAUCUCCGGAAGAGAAAGAGUCAGGAAGAAAAGGAGACGCUCUCCGAUUUACAGGUGCCACCGGUGCAGUUGGAUGGGCAAGAGGUGGCUCUUCCAUGUUUGGACCGGAGUAUGGUUGCAUGGAAAGCGGUGGAAAAGGCGAUAUCUGACCUUGACCUGCAAAACAAGCUGCACAAGUUUCUGAUGAAGACCUAUGAGGCUGCAGUGAAGGCUGCCAGCCAACAGCUUCGUGAACGUCCUGGAAGCUUCCUUCUCUGUUGGGCCGAGGACGCCGUUGGACGCUUGGUUCAGUCAGCAUGGAAGAAUGAAGUGCUGCACCAGGUCUCCACGUGUGAGGAGAUUGUGUGGUGUUUGAGGCUCAUGCUGGAGCAGGGCUUGGUACCAAGCACGUUGGAUGCAUCACCUCCAUGUACCUGGACUCAGAACUUGCAAAGCCACUUGCAUUCGGUGGUUUGGGCCAAGCUGACCGAAGGAGCCAAGCACAAGGAGCUGGUGAAGGAAAAAUCACGCGUGGUUUACUGUAGGAGGUCGGAUUCUGCAGAAGGCCCUUUGCCUAGAUGA